AUGGCUCGCGUGCAGGUGGCCCUUCGCAUCCGUCCCAUGAGCGCGGCUGAGCUGGCGGAGGGGGCCAGGCCCAUCGCCCACCGCAUAGAGGAGCAGGUCGUGGUGCUGCGAGACCCCAUGGAAGACCCCAAUGACAUCCUGCACGCCAGUCACUCCAGGGAGAAAUCCUACGUCUUUGACGUGGCCUUUGACUCCACAGCCACCCAGGAGACCGUGUACCGUGCCACCACCCGGGGCGUUGUCACAGGCGUCAUCUCUGGCUACAAUGCCACUGUCUUCACUUACGGCCCCACUGGCUGUGGGAAGACCUACACCAUGAUGGGCACCGACAACGAGCCUGGCAUCUGUGCCCGCACCCUGGCUGACCUCUUCCAGGGCAUCGAGGAUGCCAGCAGUAACACUGAGUACAAGGUCAUCGUGUCCUACCUCGAGAUCUACAAUGAGAUGAUCCGGGAUCUGCUGAACCCCUCACGGGGCUGCCUGCAGCUGUGGGAAGAUGCCGGCGGCACUAUUCAAGUGGCUGGCAUCACCGAGAUCUCCGUUAUCAGCGCUGAGGAGGUCAUGCAGCUGCUAGUGCGAGGGAACAGGCAGCGGACGCAGGAGCCCACGGCCGCCAACCGCAGCUCGUCCCGCUCCCACGCGGUGCUGCAGGUCACUGUGCGCCAGCGGCACCAGGACGGGGGGCUGCGCUGCGGUCGCCUUUUCAUGAUUGACCUGGCGGGUUCUGAGCGGGCAGCACAGACGCAGAACCGCGGGCAAAGGAUGAAGGAGGGAGCCCACAUCAACCGCUCGCUGCUGGCCCUGGGCAACUGCAUCAAGGCCCUGAGCCACCAGGCAAGCACCAAGUACAUCAACUAUCGUGACAGCAAGCUGACCCGCCUGCUCAAGGACUCGCUCAGAGGCAACAGCCACACAGUGAUGAUUGCCCACAUCAGCCCGGCCAGCACUGCCUUUGAGGAGUCCCGCAGCACCCUCGCCUACGCCCACCGCACCAAGAGCAUCCGCACUACGGUGAGGCACAACCUGCUCAGUGUCUCAUACCGCACUGCACAGUAUGGCAGCGUCGUAGCUGACCUGCGCAGGCAGAUCCAGCGCCUCAAGGGCCAAGGGGACACCGAGCCAGGGCAGCUAGUACAGGACAAGUGCCAGGACAUCCAAAAUCCAGGAUACAGCCUGGCCCCCCUGCACCCUGUUGCCCACUGUACCCAUCCAGAACUGGACCAUGUGCCGGAGGAGAUGCUCAGUGCCUGCCACGAGCGGGCAGCCCUGGGCCACCUCCUCCUCUGGCUGCAGGGCACCACGCUGCGUGCCCGGCACCUCCUUGCCCUCACCCAGUACCGGGGUGCAAAGCCACCUGGGGAUGGUGAGCAGGAGCCAGGAAGCCCUGGUGACAAAGAGAGGGGUUUGGACACAGCGGAUGAGCAGUUGGAGGUGUCAGAGCCACCUGACAUCACUGUGGUCCAUGAGAGCAUCACAGCUCUGGUGGAAGAGCAAGGCAGGCUCUGGCAGUGGAAGUCUCAUCAGCACUAGCCGUCACGGCAGAGCCAGCGGUACACGCGGCAGAUGGAGGGCCCCCCGCAGCGUUGGAGCAGCUCGGAGGAGCAGCGGGAAGUGCUGGCCCUGCUGUGCCGCCUGCACCAGCUGCAGCUGGAGACGACACAGAUACAAUCCCACACUUGGCUCAAGGGUGACCCCCGGCACCCACCGGCCAGCGCCGUGCAGAGCUUCAACCAGCACAGGGUCUGCACCUGCAUUAUCCAGCAGCAGCGGCAGCUCAUCGUUGACCACCGGCUGUCGGUGCCGUGGCCGCUGGAGGAGCUGUACAAGAUGUACGUGCAGGAGCUAGCAGGAGGGCCCGGGGACACCGGUACCCUCGAGGGCACAUCCCUGCCCAAGAUCCCGCAGGCAAGUGGCACAAAGAGCCUUCCAGACUCUGACCAGGACAGCGUGGGGACACAGGGCUAUGGGCACCCCACAUCGCCCAGGCAGGAGCCCCACCGUGACACCCUCCCACCUCUGCACCCCACAGGGAACAGUACCCCAACCUCCGUCUUCAAGAAGACCCUAUGGGCACAGCAGCUGGGAAGCACGGCGGUGCCCACCCCACCUCCCGGCUGUGGCACGGUGACCCAGGAGGUGAGCACGGCCAUGCCCAAGGCACAAAAGCCCCAAGGUGGGGAUGUUUAUGAACACCGUGCCUCCCAGCAGCGCGCGCCACAGGCUCAGCGGAGCGCCUGGCAUGACUCCUCAGCGGGCAGUGGGACCAGCUCCGAGGCAGCGGUGGCAGCAGACAGGGAGCACCACGAGACGUCAAGCAGCACCGAGAGCAUCCUGGCUAAAGCCACCAAGCACCGGUCCCGCAUCCCAAGGAGCACCCACAAACACCCACCGGUGCCCGCGAAGGAGCGGGGUGGCCCUGGACUGUGGCACAUCACCAGCAAGGACAGCUCAGCAGGGAUGGCCACCACAGGCACCUGGCUGCGGGCACGCAAGAAGGGCAGCAGAGAGCCAGGCAGGACGGAGGAGUCACUGGAUGGCAGAAGGAGAUGGAAGCGGUCACGGUCCUUCGAGGUCACCGGCUGUGGGCGCUGUGCCUGCGCACCCUCUCUCCAACAGCCGGCAGCCCCCAGGGCUCCCCCACCAUGGUCCAAGGCACCGCAGAGCCGCUCCGAGCAUGGGGUGCAGGCAGCCAGCACCCAGCCACCCCCCAAAGCUCUGCCCAGAGCACGGCCCUUGUACGGGCAGCUGCCAGGUGAGCCCCCAGCCCCCUCCCCACACCCCAGCCAGCACCCAGGGCUGUUGCUGAAGUGCCCCUUCCCCAGGUACUGGGGUCCUGUCCCUGCCUCUCCCCCUCCAGCUCCCUGCCAGACCCUGGAAGGACCAGGACCCGCGGCUUGACUGCAUCACCAGGAAAGGUCAGGGCCUCCAACAAGGAUGGAAGGAGUCGCUGGUACCGAGCCGAGUGUCUUGGCAUUGGCAAACCGGAUCCUGUGCCAAGCCAGCGGGCUGAGCGCCCGUCCUGCAAGCACACCCUGUGCUGAGGGCUGCCCACAGCACCCUGUGCCCGUGCAGCCCCCCAGUGCCAACCCAGCUGGGGAUGAGGGGCACGGAGCAGGGACCAGUUCUCCCCAUGCCAAACCCACCCCAAGGCAGGGACCCAAGACCCCAUGA